GACGCUCCUUCUCGCUUGCUUCAGUGAAAAUUUCGAACAGAUUCCAUUUACUACUGCUCCUUGCAUAAACGCUGAUUGGAAAUCCUGUUUGGAAUGUGAAAUAUUGAUCUAUAGUGUGAUACGUUAUGUAUCUGUCGUCGGUUCCAAUACCUGGAAAUACCCUGGUGCACAGUUGUGCUCGGAUAACAGAUUUGUGCUGAAUGUGGCGGGAUGCCGUCGAAGAAAGAGUAUGACCUGGUCUCUGACGACGGGUAUGACAGCCGAAUACCGCUACAUAACGAGGACGCCUUCCAACAUGGCAUCAGCUUCCAGGCAAAGUACAUCGGCACCCUUGAUGUUCCAAGACCGAACAGUCGAGUGGAAAUUGUUGCCGCCAUGCGAAGGAUAAGGUAUGAAUUCAAGGCGAAGGCAAUCAAAAAACGAAAAGUGGACCUGACCAUUUCUGUAGAGGGUGUCCGAGUGGCGAUCUGCAAGAAAAAGAAGAAAAUUCCACAAUGGUAUGAUGAAAGUAAACUUGUCAUUGUCCAUCACCCGAUAUAUAGAAUUUUCUACGUAUCCCACGACUCUCAAGACUUGAAGAUCUGGAGCUAUAUCGCUAGAGAUGGGCCUACCAAUGUCUUCAAAUGUAAUGUGUUCAAGUCAUAUAAGAAGGAGCAAGCCAUGCGGAUUGUUCGAACUAUUGGACAAGCGUUCGAGGUGUGUCACAAACUGAGCAUGACACAGUCUGUAACCAGUCCAGAAGAACAACUGCCCACUGAGAGCAUCAAUAGCCAACCAAGUGAGCCAGAUAAACAAAGCCAGAAAAGUCGAGACAUAGAAGACAAAGCGCCUUUGAGCUCCACACAGAAUCUGCGGGAUUCCAACUCGUCCCUCGUCAAGGAGAAGGCCACGCCCCCUAACGACCUUGCCAUCCGUCAGGCACAGAAUAUCAUAUACCAGAUGGCUAGAACAUCACCGCAAGUCGGUGGCACAACAAUUACUUCCCCUAUCAACUCUCCGGCCUUGAUAGACGAUGACGUCAUGGAUCCGGAUCAUCCAAUCACGUCCCGCCAUCAAACGCAGUUGCUCAGACAGCAGGUGGAACAUCAUCAGCAGCAGACGCAGGUGGCUGUGGCGCAGGUGCAGUUGUUGAAAGAACAGCUGGCGGCGGAAACUGCAGCUAGAAUAGAAUCACAGGCGAGGACCCACCAGCUGCUUCUACAGAACCGAGACUUAUUGCACCACAUGAACCAGAUUCUCGGUCGUUUGCAGGAAGUAGAAUUCAAGGCAACACACUCGAGUCCGAAACGGAUGCAGCCAAUCUCGGCUGGGGAAAGUUGUAUGCCGGACGCAACAACUCCUCAAUGCGGGCCAGUGUAUCUUCCCCGUGGCGUCGCAUUCGACCCAGAAGGCAUUGCAAGCCCUGACUACUCUCUCACAGAGCACGAUAAACUCAUGUUCGAUACAGACUCACCAGAUAGUGGUCACCGAGAGAUGUCUAAUGAAUCGCUAGGAGCAUCUUUCUCUCCUCCUGACUUCCCAUUUUGGGCAAUGACUGCGGACGAAAGAAUGAAGUAUAGUUUUGGUUAUGGUACUCCCGUGAAGUUCCAGCAAACGAGUUUUGAAAUGACUGCGAUUGUGAAUAGCAAUCCUUUUACUGAGAGCAAGGAGGAUAUUUGUGAUCAGGAUAUUGUUGAGCCAGUUGUUUUUGAUGCAAAUGGCAAAGGAGGUAAAGGAAAAGUGGACAAAGUUCCAAAACUAAGACCUCCCCCCGAGUUUCGUAAUUAUGGGGCCUACAGGAAUUCUCAAAUAUCGGAAGAUUCGAGCAAUUCAUCAAACUCCGAUACCGAUUCAGUAAAAGAUGGAAUUGUUAACUUCACAGAUAGCGAUUAUUUUUCGCACACCGGAAGCAGCUCACACACAAACACAUUUAACUCAAACGCUCUUAACAACAACACACGUAUGAACAGCCACACAUUGGAUGAUGCGGACAAUAACACGAUUCAAUCUCUUGUGCCAUAUGAUGACCACAGGAACAUUGUCCCGUAUACAGACAAUAGAGAAAUAAGACAGACUGGUACAGUCUUUAAACCAAAACUAGAAUACCACUUCAAUAAUCUAGCGGCAGAUCGUGUUCUGAUGCAAAAGUACUUGGACCAGUCCAAACGACAAAGAGGCGGUAGCUUUUCAGACGAGGACAAUACUGAGAGUUACGAUGAGGGGUUAACACAGCCUCCCUCGCCACCACCGCCGCCCAGUCGUCUGGAGGAUGUCGAUUUCGAUGAUUGAAUUAGCCCAUAUGUUAUAUGCAGCUGAUGAAAGUUUGGCUGUAUUCAGAACGGUGUAUUUUGAGUGUGAAAGGAACUUUAAAUGAAGCGCACAAUAGUUUCGUGAAAUGAACUAUAAAUGAAGCGUUCACUAAUUUUGUAGAGUGAAAAUAUUAUGUACUUGAUAAAUUGACUUGUAAAAAUAACUUUAAAAUUCAAGGGGAACAAGGCGUCGUUACGUUUGUCAUACUGCUUCUUGUAAAAGUGCUUAUUUGUCGCAUAAUCAUUCGCACAUUAGAAUUUGCCGUUGAAUCAGCAAAUUUGGAAUGUAAAUAUGAUAUAUGAUUGUGUUCAUUUUUUCAAAUAAUCAUUUUUUCUCAUGUUUAAGAUAUAGCUUAAAUUCCAAAAAAAAUAAACGGCCUAAUACUUUAGAUAGUGAUGGGAUUUCUUUUCGAAGAUUGCGCUUUGAUGCUGUAGCUGACCGAAAAUGUGCUGAACAGAAGAGUUUAUAUAAGAACGAGAAGUUAACUAUUGUUAGAGCUAAAGUCGAACCCCGUUGGCUCGAAUUUCCAGGGUGCGGCGAAAAUACCUUGAACUUCGAAAAUUUCAAGCCAAGCGGAAAUGCUUACCUUCAGUAUAAAGAAAUCGGUCCUUUACAUCCAGCUCGAGCCAAGCAAUUUCGAGCCAAGCAAUUUCGAGCCAACGGGGUUCGAAUGUAUAUUUUAAUUCCUAUUGCGAGUUAGCUGUUUGAUUUGCAUAGACAAUUAUUCAUUUCCUUUCUGUAUAUAAUGAGAAAAGGUGUAAAUAUUUUAAAAAUAUUAUAUAUAUUUUCACCCACUAGACAAAAUAAAGGUUGAGGUAAACACACACUAUAGAAGAUGUGCCAAAAUUGUACAUAAUUGUGCAGAAAUAUUAUAUAAGACUAAUAAAACAAACAAAUCGG